UUCCUCCUCUGAAGAGCUGAUGCUGUUUGUGGUGCUGAAACAACGCCUGUAUUGUGUUUUGCGCGUUUCCAGCCUCUGCGCGUCCUUCACCGCUUCUCUCCUUUUGAAAGUCAUGCUUCUGUAGAGCGACUGUCGUGCGAGAAUCACCGCUCACCUGAGAGUCAGACAUGCUGCUCUAGCGCUGAGGUGUGUGUGUGUGUGCGUGUGUGCGUGUCAUGGAUCAGUAGUGUUGUGUUGAGGCAGGAGCGGUAUGGACUCUCGGCGCUGUCCCAUCCUCUUCGCUGCACUGGCUCUCAGCCUCUGCUCCUCACCUGCGCUCUCCGACAGGAAAUUUGGUUGCCUGUUUGAAGACGAGCUCUGUACGCCAUACGAGUUCUGCGUGAACGAUGAGUUGUUUGGAAGGUGCCAGGAGUUGGUCGGUGCACAGCUGUACACAUACGAUAUUUCUCCCUCUGCGCUCCAACGCCUCAGGAUCCUCCUCCAGAAACUGGCUCACAGAGGACUGACGUGGCGGGAUGACAUCACUCAGCAGGUUAUCUCCCGAGAGCUCUCCAAACUGAGGAAUGUCCCCCUCCGCCAUCAAACCCCACCUCCGAGCCUGUCCGACCACCUGACCGCCUACAGCGGCUCCAGGGACAGGAAACUGAGGCCUGCGCAGGUCGAGCUGAACAGAAACCUUCAGCAGUACCUGAAGGGUUUGGGCUUCCUGCCUCAGGUCAAGACGGACGGACAACGAGAAGGAGCCAAAGUUCAGAAUGAAGACAUCGAGUCGGAUGGUCGUUCGGAGCCCAGCUGGCCAAAACCCAAGCAGGGCUGGAAGGAAACCACUGUCUACAGCCUUCAUAAAGGAGAUGGCAAACCUCCCGUCACCAAAGUCUUCUCUCAGAGUGGAGAGGGCAGGCACCCCAAGCUCAGCACAACCUACUCCAGCCAAGACCCAGCGAGGAGCAAGCUGCUUUCCAGCCAUUUAGAACGGCUUCUUGCUGGGGCACCGAGCGUUCAGCAGGACUCCGCGGCUUCAGAGGCUUCCUGGCCCAAAGGAAAGCUUCACUACCUUGGCUACAUCCAUCCAGCUCCGAGCGAACAUGCAAAGCUGCAAUCUCAGGAGGCGUUUGGCUCCAAAACACAACGGCCUAAUCUAGACAGGCUGCUGUUCAAGGCCGGUUCAAACCAACUGCCUGCCAAAGAACCUCUCAGCGUCAUGGAUGAGCGAUUCAUCCAGAAUGUGGUGAAUCGGCUGGGGAGCCACAGCAUUGACAUGGAGGCUUUAAUGGGCAAAGACCUGGAUCAGUUGGCUGAGGUCAUCACAGGGGCUCUGCAGGAAGUGGAUGAGAAGGAACAGCCUGCGACUGGGGUCCAGCCAGGACGAGGAACCGCUGACUCCAUGGGGGACAUGGAUGCUAGCAAGAAGCCACUGGCAGCCACACUGAUGAAUCAAGACCAGCAGCUUAAAUCAGCCCUAGACCAGGAUCCAAACCAGAAAGACACACUGAGAAUGAAACAAGGCCAACAAAAAGACAGUGCAGACAAAGAGCCCGUUGACAAGCAGCAUGCAGCGUUCUUCUCCAAGCUGCUGGACUACCUGAACCUGGAGGCCUUCGAUGACAUGGAUGUUGGCGUUGGACCACCAGCUCCCCUUCAGAAAACGGUCGGAAUGGAGAGUGUCCAGAGCCGGACUUCACAGACCCAAGUUCCCGUCCCCCACCGCGGGGAGGAGAAGACCAUCGUCGUGCCUGCGAAGGAAGGCUCCGCCCUCCGAUUAACUGGUAGCCCAGCGGGCCCUGACACUCAGGUGGACUCAAAGAUCGAGAGGUUGAUGCAGGGGAUUCAGGCCGCGACAGGGAAGAAGCAGCUGGAGGAGCCGGAGAAGAAGGACAUGAAAAUCAAAACCCAGCUGGUCCAUGUCGGGGUGAAGGAGUUCUCCAGCAGAGGGAAGGACAGACACUUUGGCUACAUUAUCACCGGAUCAGACUCCCUCACCACUGACCAGGGCUCGGACCUCAUGGAGCGGCUGACGCAGAGGCUGAACCUACAUGUCGCAGACCUCACCCAGCUCUCCGUCCUUGGUCCCGCGUUGACUUUUAGAGUCGGCGCCAACUCCAAGAACGUGUCCACCGCCGAUCUGGUUCAGGUCGCAGUUCAACAGAAGCAGCAGCUGGAGAAGGAGACUGGCCUGAAGAUUGUGGAGGCUGGAGUCAGUGAUAGGGGCAGCCUGACCCAGAUCCCCGUAGUGAAGGAGACCAGGGUGGAGUCGGGCCAGUUCCUGCUGCUCUCUGUCCUCUGCAUGCUCUUCAUCCUGGUGGCGCUGGCAGUGUCCGCCACUUUCUUCUGCGUGCGUCAACGCUCGCAUCUCCACAUGAAGGAGAAGCUGGCCAGCCUGGGGACUGACACCAGCACUGAUGCCACGGCAACCUAUCAGGAGCUGUGUCGCCAGAGAAUGGCGAUCAGGACGUCCGAGCGCGUGGAGCGGCCGGAGACACUGCGGCACUCGCGGCUCAACAGUGUGUCGUCACAGUUCAGCGAUGGCCCCGCGGCGAGCCCGUCCACCCGCAGCAGCACCUCCUCCUGGUGCGAGGAGCCAGUGCCGUCCAACAUGGACAUCUCCACCGGUCACAUGAUUCUAUCAUACAUGGAGGACCACUUGAAGAACAAGAACCGUCUGGAGCGCGAGUGGGAGGCCCUGUGCUCGUACCAGGCAGAGCCCAGCGCCUGCAGCGUGGGCCACGGAGAGCAGAACUCCAAGAGGAACCGCUCGGAUGCUGUGGUCGUUUAUGAUCAUUCCAGGAUCACCUUGAAAGCGGAGAACAACCACGGCAACUCAGAUUACAUCAAUGCCAGUCCAAUUAUGGACCAUGACCCUCGCAACCCUACUUACAUCUCCUCGCAGGGCCCGCUUCCCUCCACCGUGGCGGACUUCUGGCAGAUGGUGUGGGAGAGCGGCUGCGUCGUCAUCGUCAUGUUAACCCCGCUGUCUGAAAACGGAGUGAAGCAGUGUCACCACUACUGGCCCGACGAGGGAUCGGACGUCUACCACAUAUACGAGGUAAACUUAGUGUCUGAGCACAUCUGGUGCGAGGACUUCCUGGUGCGGAGCUUCUACCUGAAGAACCUGCAGACUAACGAGACGCGCACGGUCACCCAGUUCCACUUCCUGUCCUGGAUGGACCGCGGGAUCCCCGCCUCAGCCAGGACGCUGUUGGACUUCCGCAGAAAGGUUAACAAGUGCUACCGUGGUCGAUCUUGCCCGAUAAUUGUUCACUGCAGUGAUGGAGCUGGUAGGAGUGGGACUUACAUUCUGAUUGACAUGGUCCUCAAUAGGAUGGCUAAAGGUGCUAAAGAGAUUGAUAUUGCCGCUACCCUGGAGCACUUGAGAGACCAGAGAGCUGGCAUGGUCCAGACAAAGGAGCAGUUUGAGUUUGCGCUGACAGCCGUGGCAGAGGAGGUGAAUGCCAUCCUGAAAGCUCUUCCACAGUGAAGGCAUCGGCUCCCCACCACCACCUCCACCGCUGCCGCUGCCGCCCGCCGCCACCACAUUUUUUUUCCGUGCUCGCUGAGCAACAGUUUUCUUCUGCCCACUCAAGACUGACAUCUCUCCCUGCCCUUCCUUCUCCUCGCUCUGUUUCCCUCUCUCCCUUUUCCACUGUCUCUGCCUCCUCUUCACCCUCUAUAUAUACUGCGUACCUAUGAAUGUCGUGCCAGAUAUCUCAAAUGGAUCUAUAUUUGCAAAACCUGCCUCAGAGUACGUUCUGUCGAUCUGAGACCUGUGUGGUUUAAAGGGAAGAUUUCGGAUGUAGAAACUUAGAUCAGCGCUCCUACUGUGAGCCGUUCUGCCAGUUUGAUCCCUGCUCUUCUACAACUGUGAUGUUGUUCCUGAACAUACUGUUCUAUAGUGCCACUGAUGAGCUGUUUAAACGUGAUGUCAAAUGAGCUAUCUAUAAUCUCUACUAUUGGCACAUUUAAAACAUACUGCAGUGGGGAAUGCAAAUAUCUUAUUUAUUUAGUCUACGACAUAUUAAAUUGAAUCAAAAAUAAGUGAAAACCGCAAAAUUGUCAUCCCCUCUUUGCAGCUCCCCACUGCAGUACUUUUAGAAUGAAUGAUGAUGUGUAAAAUAACUUAGAAAGUUAUUGCCUGUAAAAAAAAAAAUCACCAGAUUGUACAGAAUGUAUCCCCUCAAUGUAUUGGAUACAAAUAACAUUUUUUUUGGAAAAUGUUUCUUCUCCUCUGUGAUCUGAACUACUAUAUACUCAGCAUCACAUGUCUAGAUGUUAAAGUGCGUGUGUGUGUGUGUGUAUUGUUGUAUUUCAGGUCCAGACGUCCCACGACUGGCUGAUAAGAAAAUAAAAAAAAAUUAAAAAUACCAUAAUUUUUUCAUCAUUAUCAUCACAAACAUAUCAGGUGCUUAUAUUUAAGAAAAAAAAAAUGUUUUCGCUCAUUUUGCGCCAUGAAUUGUUACAUGAACAUCUCUGUUAAUAUUAAAUGUGAAAACAAGAUAGUUAUUCCUUCUACUUAGAGAUACUAAUAGGAGUGCAAUAGAUUUAAGCAGAACUUAUGCUGUAGUUGUUGCUGAACUUGUUCGUCCCUCCAUCGCUGGUAUAUUGUGAUAUUUUGUGCAACAUAACAGAUUAUUCCCAUCAGUGUAUAGAUGAUAAUGAAAUACUAUGAAUCUCUAUAUAGUGCUAUCUGAUGCAUAUAUAUAUAUAUAUAUAUAUAUAUAUAUAUAUAUAUAUAUAUAUAUACAUACAUAUAUAAAUAUAUAAACUGAGACUCAAUGAGAACUCUAUAUUUUGUGUGAAAAGUAUCAUUCAGAUUGAUAAUAAAUCCAAACAGAUUAUA